UGACGUGCACCGUUUACGGCCCGUAGUUGACAUCUCGCAAUAACAGCAAGCGAGAAGCUUUGGAUGAGAAAGAAGUCGGGGCGCUUGGAUUCACCAAAAAUAUUUACACUUUUUAGCUCAUCGUUCACAUCGUUCGGUUAUCAUCCUCAUCAUCAGUGCGAAAGGCGCGCAAAGCUAAAACGGUGUCCUAAGGCCGGGGCUUGGAAGUCAAUCGCGCUAAUGCGAACGCGCUGGCAUCGUCGGACGGGAUAAUUUACCUGGCGUGGGCAAACACCGACUCGAUGGAACUGAUGAACACAGACGCAAAACCGAAAUCGGCAUCAAAUGUACAGAAAGAAGAACUGGUGCUUAUAUUCGAGGAAUACCAACAGAAAGGGAAGCUGGAAAACUUAGAUGACAGUAAAGAGCGUCAAAAGUUUUGGAUGGAAGCGACGCAACGGUUGAACAAGAUCGACGGUGGCACGGUAAAGUCAUGCUCAAAAUGGGUGAAAUAUUGGGCAGACGUGCUGAUAAACCUGCGUCGCAAGUGUCGGCUAGUGGUGGAGGGCCGCUCGAAGCGCAUCGGCCCAACACCGUUCGAGGUGCGCAUCAUGCGUGUAGGCAACCUGUACGAUGUGCUGGAGCAGUGGACAAAGGCGGUUGAAAACGGCAGCGAGAUGGGCUCGAUGCAGAAUGUGGAAGAGGAGUACUAUCCGGAGGAUACCGGGGUGCAGAAGGAAGAGAUAGUGGUGGAAAACUAUUCCGAAGAUCCGCUGGACGACGAGUUUGUGGCCACCUUUGCCAAACCUGUAGAGGAGACGGCACAACAAACCGUCACUACCCAACUGCACAUACGAAAACACUCGACCGAAGCCUACAAGCCCAUGGUGAGUGCUCCCACGACGGAGUAUCUCGAGCUUACGACCCUGCACAACGCAACGAGCGAGUUUUUGCGGCCUAAGGCCAGCCUACCGCCACCACAGCCACAGGCCCGGCUGAAGGAGAGUCUGAAGCGGACUACGGAAAAGCUGGAAACCGUGAUGAAGAAGCGGAAAAUCGACGACUCUCAGUUUGCCAUCGCUCAGGCCCUCACGAACAUGUCCGCCGCAAUACUGGCCCUGUCGAACAGCCUCAACGACUUGGCGCAUGCUCUCACGAACGGCGCCACGCCGUGAGCUGGGUAGUCCACCGACAAAUCCUGCGUAAGUAUCGCAACUACGUUAAUUACUGAUUAAGGAUGCGCCACAACGAAUGGCCGAUUUUUAUUUGUAUUAUUUUAACUGUGUGUGUAUGUUUGUGUUGGUGUACGAGCAAGAGCGAGAUUCCCGUAGACAGAACCGACCGACGACGGAAAGGUACACGAAAUAAAUGUAUCGUUUUAUUUCAUAA